CUAAACGGGCAUGCCACGAAGUCGGAAUUGAAUUUAAAGCCAGCGUGCUUGCUUCUUCGGUGACUGUUUCAUGCAAAAAUCUGGACAUUCGGAUCUUGCAACCAUAUCUAAAAGCAACGGAUUUCAAGGCGCUACUGCACAUCCGCUAUUCGCAAACGGAAUGUCAUUCCAGUAUCGACUGUGGUACAGCAAGUAGGUCACUGUUGUUCUGGACUUGCUGAAGUUCAAAGGGCAGUGGAAGAUUGACAAGUAUCUUUUGACAGCUAGAACGUGUGGCCCCCUCCCCAUGCACCGAUCAAGGGCAGGUCAACAUUACGCCGCUACAACCGUCUGGGAAGAAUCAUCAAUUUGGUGAGACACUAUCAAGUUCACGGCUUGCACAAGGUGACAUAUGUUAGACAAAAAGGUAUCUCAGAUCAAGUCUGUAGGUGCCCCCCUCCCCAUGGACCGUUCAAGGUCGUCUUAAACUGAAUUGUUUGACGUCGACGGGGUCAGAUUAUGUAGCGAGAAAUUCGUGACGUCGCUGUGUUCUGUGCUGUACCACGUGGCUGUACGUGAAAUCAAACCUGGAUUAAUAACGAAAUGCCGAGACCGGUGACAGUAAAAUACUGCCGUGUCACCACGACAUGAAAAAAGCACAACCUGGAGAAACAAGUAGUGCUGAGUUGCCACAGGUUAGGGUCGUAGCUGGUAGACUCAAGGUCGACUCUCUAAAACACCGUGUCGUUAAAGGCGUACAGACGUUGCAAAAGGACAAGGCUGACGGACGAGUCACAAGAAAGGAACCAGAGGACUCUGUCUCUGCAGUGGGUGUGGUUACUGAAGACAAACAGGCCCAGAAACGGCCACUCGUGUAGGCCCACUCGCACGGCCACUGUGAGGAUCACUGCUAACAAUACACUUUUCCUCUACUACAUGCAUAUUAUAAAUACAUGACAGAAUCAUGGCCGGUCUGGACCUACAAAGCGACAGUCUGGUGUCGGGCUUACAGUGGCGCUGGGAAACGGACUACAACAUAUCCCAGGUUCUGGACAAUCACGCCCUGCCCUUAUUAGCCCUGGUCAGACAGCCAGACCCUGACAUCCCUCUCCAACAGGGGGAUGUUCUCUUACUUCACUCCUCCUACUCCAGCCACAAGGUCCUAGCGCAGUGUAUGGACCGGCAGGGCGGGAGACUGGUGGGCCCCAUGUUUAACAUCGGUUAUCAUUACCCGGGCACGUUCGAAGUGAUGUACGGCGAAGGGAGGAUCUUCGACAGCGUGCAAGAGAUCUUGACGGCGGUCGAAGAGGACCCUUCUCGAGUCUUCAAAGUCUUGGUGGAGGAAGACAUCGUCUUGAGUGACAAGGAGAGGGUCCCGAAGUCGGUCGCGCACAACCUGGGGAUGUACAGCGACAGGAAGCAUGUAUGUCGGAAGGGCGAUGUUCUCCUGCCCGAGGGUAAGGCCGUUCGUUUAGCCGGACCCAAGGGCAUGGGUCGCCUCGCUAGUUUUAGCAGUGCGAAGGAAUGGAAAAGGACCCUACUGAGAAAAAAAGACAGAUCUAAAACGGAGGAGAAGGAGGAGGUGUACGAGUAUCUCGUAUGCAGCAAUCAGUCAGGGGAGAUCCUGUAUCUUCCAGCAAAACACAGGUCAAUGUUUACAUCCGUCCGCCCAACAUCAAACGAGCAUUCUCAACUACAAGUCAAAGAUAUACUUGGAAAUAUCAAGUUGCCAGUUGAUGUAAAGCUGCUUAAGGGAGAAAUACCCAAAGGUAACUUCCAGUCGACACCGUUUUUUCGGCUCCUUGAUGCUUACAAGGAAAGUGUAGUUCUGACCUCUUUGGUUGAGGGGGACAAGGUCAAGGCGGUGAUGGAACUGUCCACAAGCGCCCUCUUGCAGCUGUGCCUCGCAGAUACAUCUUCCAGAGAAUAUGCUGAACUUUUGAUUAGGUUACACACGCUGAACAACGUUCUCCCCAGAAAUUCGGACGCGGAUAAGACCGUCAGCGUCGCUGCGAGCACGACUCCAACUGGAAAAUCGCCCCCAAUGGAAUUCGCCCCAGUCGACACAGAGGAUAACGCGUCGUCGGCUGCGUACAGCACUUUCAAGUCUGACAUUUACUCCUCUAGUCAGCCAAGGUCCCCAUCAAGCGAGGACGUGCAUCAAAGUAGCUACUUUGAUAGUCAGUCUGCGUCUAGCCAAACCAAGUACUCCAAUGCACGCAAGUCCAGCAUCUACCAAAAACUGAAGUUGCCAUCUCUGAUCAGAAAGAAAAGCACCAAGGCGGAUGUCCACAGCGCUGCCGCAGACGACGCCGUGAAUGUCUACAAGGAAGCGAUGGAGGCUAUCGACUCCUUACAAACAGUCGCUGGGCAAGAAACUGCGACUAAAGAAGCUGAGGAAGAAAGGGCGAUAGAGGAGGUCACGUUGAGCUUUGUUGGAGAAAAAUCCCCGAAAACGAAAUCCAGUUCAAAUCCGGACUUCGGCUGGGAAAAGUUUGAGGAAGAUAUUGCGUUGCCGAAAUCCGCGCCCAGUGCUGGGGCAGACAUGAAUGUCAUCCCGUCUCCACUCCCCCAAACCGUCACCAAACCCCGCAGACCCGCUCCCCCCAUCCCAGUGGCUGCCACCGAGGGGCUACAGAACCUAGAUCUGAAGGAAAACGUUGCAAGCACGAAUCCAGGUGUCCCAACAGAGGAGGACUCGGGGUGGGUGUCACUGAGGACAUCUAGCGGAGGUCAACGGAACAUCGUCAAGACGCUGACGUCCCGAUCGGCGGGCCCACCACCACCCAUACCUGCUCGGCGGGCAGCGCCAUAAAAUUGGUGUUGUGUGGCUAGAGACAAAAACUGUUCUAAUAUAAUCCGGACAAAAGAACAUCAGAUUUGUAGCAGAACACUAGUGUUAACGCAUGGAUGUAGGGCAAGUACCUUAUCUCUGUGAGAAAACAUGACUUUCUCUCCACCUGUUUGCCCGUACUGCAAACUCCACAUACACACACACACGCAUCACCGGGGACAAGGCAAAUAUUAAACACGCCUGUUUACAGUGUAGCCCAAAGUGUCCAGACAGGUAGCUAACAUGCACUAAACUUCCUGUGACUGGUAUUUAUUGACGUGUUUUGAAGUUCAGGACUCGUGAUAUCGAUUUGUUCUUAACGACGGCACGUCAGAGAUUGUUUAGCCUGCGUUACCGGAUAUCAUAUUUUCAGCAAGACGAGUGGAUUAUAUUUGCGUUACCAUAGAUUGCGUAUUUAUGGAGGUUUUAUGGGGUGGUGCAGGUUUUAUUGUAUUUACGGAAUAGGGUAAUAGAGGUUGGAUUGAUUCACAACUGUUCGAGAAAUUUCAAGGAUACAGAAUUUGUCACAUUUUUGUGACGUCGUAAAUAUGUCCGGUCAGACUUCUUAAAUGUGUGUUAUGAGUUAAGGCACUGUACACAUAAUUACUAUAUAAUAAAUGGUGUAGUUUAAAUUGA